AUGUUGCAGACCAGCCUCCGGUCGCAUAGCAAGUACUCGGCAGUGGUCACAGGAGCACCCAUGACUCCACGUGUUGCUGACAGUGCAGCUGGUGCCUACUCAGGGGUUGCAGUAGUUGCUAAAGUUCCCACACGCGCACUUUGCGCAGCUUGGCCUGACGACCUCUAUGACACGGGUCGAGUUCAGAUUGUAGGCAGUUUGGUUCACAACGUUUGGAUCACAGGGGCCAUCAUGUACGGUUAUCCACAAGGGAAAAUCCAUCACAAUGCUUUGGAUCGCACCAUUGCCAUGCUGGAGUUCCUUGUUGAUCACAUGACCAAUGUUGCUACUGGACCCCGGUUCAAUGCAGGAAAGGAUUAUGCCUACAGGUACCUCUGGCCUAUGCCGCAGCCUGUCCCUUGGGAACGUGUCCCUGACCUUCCUGCAGCCAACAGUUUUGACAAUCGUGACCCGACCCUGGUUUACUCUGAGAUGUGGCAAGCCAAAGAACAUCAGGCAAAGCAAGCCCUAGGUUUUGGAAUUUCCUUUCAACACUGGUGGAAACAGAGGGAGUCCAUUGGACUUGGGGACCCUGGUUUUGUCCCGGACUACCCGCCUGGUCCUGCACAUGCCAACGCCUUUUGUGACAUCUUCCACAGUGAAGUUAAGUGCCUUGAAAGACGCCUGCACUCAGCCAAGAAAGCCACUCGAAUCAGCCAACACCAGCGUGAUGCCAAUCUGGUGUACAAAGACACGAAACGAGCCCCGCCUGAACCUGUGACAAGCUUGCUGAUCACCAAUCGUGCCAGAAUCACUGAGGUGGAUACUGAGGACUGCGCAGUGGAUUUUGCUCCUGAAUGCAUGUUUGAUGACACCAAGCCUGUUUUGCUUCACAAUAAGCCCAUCCCAAUAGUGCAUGCUACUGAAGGCCGCCUGUACCUUGACAGCGUAGACCAUGCCAGCCCUGAACAAGUGCUCCAACAAUCUCAGCCCCUGGGAUCCCUCCCAGAGAUUUUCAGUGCGUUUCAUGAACAAUGGAGACAAAGAUGGUGUCGUCACGAUGCAGUGCCCAAUAGCCGAUGGCAGCCGAUCAUUGACUUUGCACGUGCAACCAUGCCGCACCAACCGGUGCCCCCGUUGAAGCUCACCCCAGAGUUGAUUCGGGCUGAAGUGGUUUCCAAAAAGAAGCAUGCCGCUACCGGUUUGGAUGGUGUUAGCCGGACGGAUCUCCUGCAGGCUGACGAAACACUCCUGAAAAGCAUCUGCUCCUUGUACAGCCGUGCUGAGGCCGAUGGCUGCUGGCCAUUGCAGAUCACCACUGGGAGAGUGGCGUCUUUAGCCAAGAAAGAGGGAGUUGCACAUGAUCAGAAGCAGGCGCUGAGCGGUUUGACGGCAGACAUCGAGAAAUGUUUCAAUUGCCUACCGCGGUGGCCCAUCCUGGCAGCAGCCCUCCAUGUUGGAACACCCAGCACUGUCCUCUGUGCAUGGGCAGGAGCUCUGUCGGCCAUGACCAGGAGGUUCAAGGUGCGUGACUCAUAUAGUGAAGGUUUUGUCACCAGCACGGGCUUGGCAGAAGGAUGUGCCUUGAGUUGCUUUGGAAUGCUCAUCCUUGAUGACAUUAUGCACCGUUACAUCAAUGCCCAGUACCCUACCAUGAGGGUUCUCAGCUUUGUGGACAACUGGGACUUUUUGACAUGGGACUCAACGGUAGCGGUCAAACAACUUGAUGCCCUGCUGGCCUUUGCAUCCAUGACAGACCUCACAGUGGAUCGCCAGAAGACCUACGGCUGGUCGACUUCUGCCCAAGUUCGAGCAGACAUGAGACAUGCUGGACUGCCAGUCCGGCACCAUGCCAAAGACUUAGGAGCCCAUGUUGCGAUCACCAGACAAAGAACCAACCGAACGGUGGUUGACCGACUUGGCAGCCUGCAACCUUUCUGGCAACAACUCAAACGAAGCCGUGCCGGCUACAAAACCAAACUCCGUGCCCUGCGGACAGUUGCAUGGCCCAGAGGGUUGUAUGCCAUCGAGAGUGCCCCAGUGAGCUCCAGCACUUGGACCACCCAACGGAGACAAGCAGUCCAAGCUCUGCAGUUUGACAAGGCAGGAGUGAACCCGUUGCUGCUGUUGGGCUUGGUGGAGACCGCAGUUGAUCCAGAAUAUGUUGCCACCAUCAGAACCAUCGCUGAAGCCCGCAUGCACUGCCCUUUCGACUUUUGGGCCAGUGACUUGUUUCCGUUAGCAAAUGGCCUUGUUGAUAGCCCACCCUCGUCUCCAGCGGCAGUCCUUCUUGACCGCAUCCAACGCCUGGGGUUUACGGUUUGCCCUGAUGGAACCUGGACAGAUGAAAUAGGUUCAUUUCACCCGGGUCAGGUCAAUUUUGCCGAGCUCACCAAUAGGGUCCAAUGGCAAUGGAACAAAGUGGUUGCCAAUGUGAUGGGCUACAGGAAAGACUUCUCUGGGCUUGACAAGGUUGAUCCCACCGCCACCAGACUUCGGCUUGCAAAGAUGGCCAUCGAUGACCAAGCGUAUCUGCGCCUCAGCCUAUCCGGCGGCCUGUUCACCCAAGAUGCCCACUCACAUUGGAAUGAGCAGGAUGGUGGAUGCAAGUGGUGUGGACAACCAGACUCGCUCCAGCAUCGGUACUUUGAGUGUCCCCAGACGGCAGACCUUCGACUCUCCCUUGCACCAGACGUUUGUAGGCUCCGUGGACUUUUGCCUGAUGCCAUGGUUUUACGCUCUUGGGCGAUCCUCCCGCCCACUCGUCUGCAGUGGCUUCGCAUGUUGGCGUCUGUUCCUGUUGGCGUGCCCCCUACUUGCUGUGCCUUGGAUUUGACCCGUUGGAAUCAUGUUUUCACAGAUGGUUCUUGCUUCUGGCAGGCGAAUCCCUCCUACCGUUUGGCUGCGUGGGGUGCUAUCCUGGCUGUUCCUGCUGAGCAUUCUUGGCUGGUGUGCCCUGUUCAGGUCCUUGGUUCAGGAACAGCCACGCCCAAACCCACUGCGUCCAGUGCAGAUCUGUGGUAUUGGAUUUUGGAAUCUGUGGAGAGACUUGGACUUGACCGGGUUCAGGUUUACAAAACUGCAGCCCACAAACAGAUGCAUCAAGCGCGCAAUCAACAAGAGGCUUGGCAGAUUUGGCAUAACAACAAGGUUGACCAGGUUGCAAAGCGAGCGAACACAAACCGCUCACAGAUGUUUUGGCAAGGAUGGCGUGAACACGUUGAAGCGGUACAAGCGGCCGAGCUCUUACAUGAACAGGCUUGUGCUCUUCAUUUGGCUGUUGCGAAACGCAGUACACAGACAGAGGAGCAGAUGACACUGGAUGAUGCUCAGCCUGUGGUCCCGAAGAAGGUCAGAAUUUUUCCGACCGUGUUUGACAGUGGAGGCUGGCAGGGUGAGAUGCCACUGCCCUUUGCCCAAGAGUAUGGUGCUGGACUUGCGCAACGAGUGCUGCAAUGGUGGUCAGCUCGCACUACGGGCAGCAAUGUUGGCCCAGUGCGGUGGAUCACGUUUGCGCAUUUGUACGUUGAUUACCAACUUACCUGGGGUUCCCCAGGUGCCGAGCAUUGGUUGUCGGUCGAGAUUGGAGGGUCGUGCCUGCGUGGUACCAAGAAGUUACAGGCGCUACCGAUCGCGAAAGCAUCGCCACGGUAUGCGCUGUUGUUGGACUCACCAGUGGUCCCUGGCAUUUUCGGACUCAUCAAUAGCCCACCUCCCCACAGCCAGCCAUGGCGGAGGAUUGACGAGAUCACCUUCCCGUCGACCUCACAGGGCCACCGCCGCGUGUGCUUCGUCACGGAGCGCUGCGUCAUGGAACUGCGGAACCAGCGGCUGGUGCUCACCGAGCUGGCCAACGGCAUGAGACGCUUGGUGGCCGCGCGGGAUUUGGUGAGCCCAGCCGUGGCCUAA